AUGGGGCACCAGGCCAGCAAUCCUGUCAACUUCGAUAGUCCGUCUGCCGCCGCGGCGUUUGGGGCUCUGGGUAUAACUGGUCUUGAGGGUGCGCUGGACAAUGUCAGUGUCGGUCAAUUAGGCGCUUUGGGUGGUAUUGGAAGUGGCGAUGAUGGAAGAGAAGAGCGCUUGAAAGCCGUGAUAGAUCUUUUAAAGCAGAAGAAAGGUCUUGUCAGCGAAGCGGGUCUAGAGAGGUUGACGAAAUCGACAGGUCUAGAAUAUCUAUGGGAUGAAGGAACGAUCAAUGGUGCCAAAUCCAGGACCUUGAUUAUUGCAGGAUCAGCUCUAGCCUUGGAUAUUGUCCUGGUCAACAAUAUCGUGCAGAAGGUGUCUCUUUCCUUUCCCGAAUCGUCGAAGUCGGUUACAAAGGACGUAGCAAAGGCGGAACAAAUUAUUCUUGAAGAUCUCAAGCUUCUACCAACUCAAAGCCCUCUAACCAAAACCCUAGACAAAUUUGCGGCCAACCUCGAACGCCUAGCGAUUUUAGACAAGUCAAGCGUCAUACCUGGUCUUAACACACAUGAAGCCAUUGCCGGGAUAUACGAGAGCUUAGGGAGGCUGCACAGGUGGGACAUCGAUAAGCUUCGCGAGGACGGCUCUCUGGCCGGGAAGGGUGACGAGUUUCUUGCAGUCACAGCGCUCUGUACCCGCCACGGAUCACCAGUGAUGCAUGCCAGAGAUCGAGUUGGGCUCAGCCUAGAUUAUUGGAGAGAGAGGAGACUGCAGCAUUCACAUAGCAUAACAAACGCGUCUCAAGCAUCCGAAGCAUUGAAGACGUGGGCUCUUAUGGUCAGCUGUGCUCCCUUGGGAGGCAUGGUUUACCGCCCGGUACGCGUAUCAGAUAAAUGGAUUUCCACCGAGAUUGAAAAGCUACAUCCUACCGAUGAGGAGCUGCUGUCAAAUACCACUGGUCAACCGAUUCUGGACUGGCAGGAACCGGAGAAUAUCAUUUUACCAAAUGCGGACGGAUCGAAGUCUGACGCGAGCACAGACUUGAUGCAGGCUGAAUCGAUACUGUCAGGGCCAAAAUACCCUGAAGUCAUCUUCAUGGCCAAGUUUGAUCCUCCAGUCGCGGUGCCCUACAGCGUUUGGGAACAUGUACACCAGCUCACGGGUGCAACGGCGUCUGUCACUUCCCUGGAGACAUUUGACAUCCUGCUAUUCCCAAUCCCACCAGGAGCACAUCACGAUCCAGCGGAACCUCGGACAAUAGGCCGCACAAAGAAAGUAUCCUUCGUCUCAAAGGAUGGCGAAACAUCAUUAAAGACACAUGAGAAUACUCUGUUCAUAUAUAAACCGGUGUACGGAAAGACACUGACCGAGGUACCCUUCUCACAUCCGCGGCAACUUGUCGAGAUGUUGCCACUGCUAAGACAGUAUGCUUUCUUAUCUAUCCUCCUGGACAAGAGCUUCGGACCUGAUGAGUGGCCCUUGGACAAACCGGUGCAGAAACCUGCAGAAUCAACUACGUUCACCACGACUGUAAGGGAUGACUUCACAGGGUUCUUGAAUGCAGCUGGAAAGGAAGGGAAGGUGCAGACACAAAGUGUUGUCAAAGAUCUCAAGGUAGAUGUGACAUUGACAGCCCAUCCCUUGCCGCGAUUGCAGGUUGUGUUCCCCUUCAAGGGCACAACAGCCAACAUCAUGGUUGAGAUACAGUUGAACGGUCUGGUUCACAUCGUCUCCCAGAACAUUUUGGGAGAAGACGCAGGACACCUCGAAGAUGCCAGCAAAGGCAAAGGCAGAUCAAUAACGCAGCAAGAUCUUGGACGAGUAUUGGAGAUGGUGGAAGAUAUUGGUAAAUGGUGCGAGUGGAUUCGUAGCCGGUUGGAGUAG